AUGCCCCAGAGUAAGUGCGUUGUGGAUGAACUCCGCUGCUGUUGUGCUCCCUUACUUCCAGGCAUUGAGGUGCUGCGUGCUAAUUGCAGCAAUUGCAAGGGUUUCUUUGUGGUGGAGUUCACUAGGCUCUGGUUCAGCAGAGAAUGUGCCGCGUUGCUGUUCAGGAUGACGAUUUCCUGCAUGAUGUCCAGUAAUCUGAGUGGAACCUUGAGGAUACUUAGCAUUUCUGGUGACUCUCUGAACGUUCAGCUUCCAGCUUGUGCAACGCAAUCCAAGGUUUCAAAUGUUCGAAGGAGAACGCAUCAUGAAUUGCCUCAGGUUCUACGGAUUUUUCGUCGCAACUCAUGUGGGGCUAGACUUGUCAAGAUAGUAUCACAAGCUACUCAGGAAAGUGGUGAUGGAAGCGAAGCAGAGGAUUUCUCCUGGGACAAAUUGCCAUUUCCUUCGGACGAUACACUGCAUCGCAUGGGUAUAAAUGUCAACAUUGGAAGUGAUCCCUCUAGUGAUUUUGGAGAUUAUGAACAAGUUCAUGAUAAGACUUCGGGAUAUCAAUCCGGUCUCGAAAUUGAAGAAGGUUAUGUGUCCAUCUUCGUUCGCAUGUUGAGUCUUAACAAUCCUGUGGAGGACAGGGAAGCUGGUGUAUUGGCUCUUUGGCGUCAUUCUGCGGCCGGAGCUGACAAGGUGAAAGAGAUUGUCAUGUUCCCGGGCUGUUUGAAUCUUGUUGUUGCCCUUCUACCUUCUGAAAGAGAAGCAACAGCGGAAGCAGCUGCUGGCCUGCUCCGCAACAUCUCUGCAAUAGAGGAAUACAGGUCUUUAGUCGCAGAGGCUGGGACAUUGGAAGAGAUAGCAGGCUUGCUUACCCGCCAUAAAAGAUCACCCGAGGUGCGAAAACAAGCCUUAUCUGUACUUUGGAAUGUUUCGCUCAAUGAAAGAGAAAGGAACAAGCUUGCUGACCUUGAGCUUCUGCCAGCACUAUUAGCCAUAGUGGACUCGGAGGAAGAGAAAGAGACAGAAGGGGAAGACACCGUUAGCUUGCAAACAGGGGACUUCCAUCAAGAGUCGGAGAAGGAAGCAGCUAUAGGUGUACUAGCAACCCUCUCAUACAGCCCCUGCAACCACGAAAUGCUCAUAAGGGCUGGUGUAAUUCCGAGGCUGGCCAGGAUACUCUUGGAGGAGACGUCUAGCUCUAAAGUUACUCGACAAGAAGCUCGAAAGUGCCUUCUCCAACUCGCGAAAGAUCCCAUCCAGAAGUCGGCAAUUAUAGAAACUGGAUUGGUGCCAGUGCCCCUUAUAGGUGCUAGUGCUUUUCGAACCUUCAAGCCUGUCAUGGAAGAUACCUUUGCCAUUCCUGAAGACAUCCAAUUCACUGAAAACCCAAGUUUGACAACCGUGUUUGGGGCUGAUAAGCUCCUGCGGGGUCUGAAGAUUGGACCAGCUGAUAUCGACAAGAUAACGAUGUUAUUGAAUGAAGGCAAGGUGAGACAACAGUUCCUUGCUCGUAUUGGAGUCAUUGAAAAGAAAAACGAUGGCCAAGCGGAGGAUCUGUCUCCUGAUUCCAACGAAAACAAAUAUACAUUCAUGCCAUGGUGGGAUGGUAUCGCAAGGUUGGUGCUGAUAUUGGGCCUACAAAAUCCGGAUGUUGCGAAGGAAGCAGCUGAGUCUGUUGCUGAAAUUGCUAUUACCGAAGCUUACCGACAGGCUUUUCAUAAAGCGGGUGCUGUUCCUCAUUUAGUAAAGUGGCUGGGAUCUGGAGAUGUAGCAGCUACAGAGGCGGCAGCGCUAGCACUUGACAAGUUGGGGAAGAGUCAGAAAGUGAGGCGAGCAAUCGAGGCCCAUGGGGCUGUGCCUGACUUGAUUGAGAUUCUCAGAGCCUCCGAUGCGCCGCCGUCGACCAAGGAAAGGGUGGUGAGCACUUUACUAAGAUUCUCUCAGGAAGGAGGAGGGAGUGACGCCAUGAUUCAAGAUGGAGCCAUUCCAGGUCUGAUGGACAUUGUGAGUUCUGAAGGUUUUAGUGCAGAAGCAAAAGAAGAAGCGGAAGGGAUAUUACAAGAACUUUCCUUUCGCAAACCCGACUCAAGAGACAAGAUUGUGGCUGCAGGGGGUCUUCCACCGUUGAUUGCGAUGCUCGCCACAGGAUCACCACUACAGGCAGAAAAAGCAGCGAGUGUGCUCGAGAACUUGGCUAAAGAGCGGGAAAACGCAGAAGCUGUGGUAAAAGUUGGUGUCGAAGCUGCGCUUCUUUCUCGACUCAACGUGAAAGUCCAAGAAGGUGAUGUGUCCAAUGCCGACUCAUGGAUGGUGAUAAUUGCUGCAUCAAAACUCCUGGAAGGACUAGUCAAACAUGAUACUGUAGUAGACAAAAUAGACAUUGACCAAGUUGCAGCUGUACUGUUAAAUAUCCUCCAAGCUUCAACUAGUCCUUCAUACGUGAAGAACUGGGUCAGUCCAUGUCUCCGGCGAUUACAAUCUCGAGUCACAGACAAAGGGAGCCUUCCGAUCGGUUUAGAAAUUACAAUACACGGUCGUAUCCCUGAGCUACUGGAAGAAAUUGGAGAGACGUCUGAGUUGGAUGUGCAAGAGAAAGCCGUGUUGGAGAUGCAAGAUCUGGUCUCAGAAGGAGUGGGUGCAUACUCGGCAGCUAUUGCCUCUGGUGGAGGUAUUUUUCCUCUUGUAUCUUUACUUGAAAAUGGGACGGAUAUGGCUAGAUCAGCUGCUCUGGCUGUUCUCUACAACCUCGGCAUGGACGAAGAGAACCAUGCAGCAAUGCUGGCUGCUGAGGCUGUGCCGGCUUUGCAAAGGUUGAUCAAACGAGAGGUUCCAGAUUGGAAGCUUGCUCUCUACUUGUUAAGAACUCUUCCGACUUGAUUGGAACAGAUACACUUGCCCUAUAGUUUUGCAGCUCGUCUUAGUGAUGGAAGAGCCUCGUGUGGAUCUGAGUUCUCAAUAUUAUAUUCGGAUGCGUUGUCAGCAGCUAACGUCCUACGUCUUAGAUCUUCGGCAUACGUUAUUUUUGCCAAUGCAUAUGGAUUGUGAACAGCUUUCAUUAAUACCAAGAGUUUGUAAGGUAAUCAUACGGUCAAAGGGAUAUAUUAGUUGAACUGAA